AUGAAUACUUAUAAACGGAAAACACGUCAAAAACUCGAUAAUAGUUUAUCAAAUAUUAACAAAGAAGAUUCCACAAAGUCAAAUUUGGAUAUUAAUAAUAAACUAUCAUUUCCAUCGCCAGAAGGUGUUGAUCAAAAUGAAUGGAUUGCUAUUAAUAUUGUUUCGUUUUUCAAUCAUAUUAAUAUAUUAUACGGUGCAAUAUCUCAUUUAUGUACAACAACAACAUGUCCAAUUAUGAUUGGUCCAAAAAAUAGUUUAUAUUAUUGGGUUGAUGAACGAGGAAAAAAAGUUAAAUAUUCAGCAUCACAAUAUAUUGAAUUAGCAAUAAUUUUUAUUCAAAAAAAUCUUUCAAAUGAAGCUAUUUUUCCAACACGUUUUGAUAAUAAAUUUCCUUCAACAUUUAUAAUAUUAAUCCGUAAAAUUGUUCGUUUAUUAUUUCAUUGUUUAUCACAUAUAUAUGCUAUACAUUACAACGAAUUAAUUGAAUAUGAAUUACAUCCACAUUUAAAUAGUUUAUUUCUUCAUCUUAUAUCAUUUAUAAUUAAAUCUGAUAUAAUUCCUUUUGAUUGUUCAAAUUCAAGUUCAUUCAUCAUAUCGUCUCAAAUUGAAAUCCGUGAAUUUCGAACAGAACUUGAAUCUUUAUCUGUUUUAUAUGAACUAUUAUCUAAACAAUGGCAACAUAUUUACGCUCAAAUAUCUGCACAACAACGAAAAAUAUCAAACGAAUAA